GAAAAUCCCCGUGCCGGAAUUGGCUUCGUUAUCUUUUUCCUCACGUAACGGAGCUCGUCAACUGUCAACACGGAGUCUAGACACCCGAAAAAUAACUGCGCUGCGUGCUCACACACCGACCAAAAUGUUGGAAACGACGACAUUUAGCACAAUAUCCCGGAAUAAAACUUUGUGUGUGUAGACUUUCUGGCCGUGGUCACGUCAGGUUUGGAAGGAGGGAUGCCCGUGGAGAGUGGGAGCAGCGCUGCCGCCCGUCAGGCCAAGCAGAAGAGGAAGUCCCACAGCUUGUCCAUCCGCCGGACCAACAGCACCGAGCAGGAGCGCUCCGGGCUGCAGAGAGACAUGCUGGAGGGACAGGACUCCAAACUGCCCCUGUCUCUGAGGAGCAAUCUGCUGGACCUGUUCAGCCAGAUCGAGAGGGAGUUUGAAAACCUCUACAUAGAAAACCUGGAAUUGCGCCGAGAAAUCGAAACGCUGAAUGACCGUUUGGCUGCAGAAGGGCAGACUUUCGAAGGGGCAGAUUUAGCCAAAGGAGCCCUGAAAACAAAAGCGAGCCACAGCACCAGCCAGCUGUCACAAAAACUAAAGACGACCUACAAGGCAUCCACAAGCAAGAUCGUCUCCAGUUUUAAAGCGACCACGUCCAGAGCGGUGUGCCAGCUGGUAAAGGAGUACGUCAGCCACAGAGACGGCAUCUGGGACCUGAGCGUCACCAGGACUCAACCUGUGGUGCUCGGUACUGCAUCUGCAGAUCAUUCUGCGAUGCUGUGGAGCAUUGAGACGGGAAAGUGUCUCCUUAAGUAUAUGGGCCAUCAAGGAUCAGUCAACUCUAUCAAGUUCCACCCCACUGAACAGAUGGCUCUAACAGCCUCUGGAGACCAGACAGCUCACAUCUGGAGAUACAUGGUGCAGCUGCCGACUCCGCAGCCAGUUGCUGACAUCAGCCAAACACCCUGCGACGAUGACGUGGACUUUUCGGAUAAAGACGAGGCCGACGUCGAGGUGGACGGUCCCAACGACUGUCCGUCUGUCCGCGCGGCGACCACGACUCUACGCAGCCAUCAGGGGGUGGUGAUCGCCGCUGAUUGGCUGGUUGGAGGCAAGCAGGUUGUGACGGCGUCCUGGGACCGGGCCGCCAACCUGUACGACGUGGAGACCUCCGAGCUGGUCCACUCUCUCACUGGUCAUGACCAGGAGCUGACCCACUGCUGCACACACCCCACCCAGCGUCUGGUGGUCACCUCGUCCAGAGACACCACCUUCAGGCUGUGGGACUUCAGAGACCCGUCCAUCCACUCGGUCAACGUCUUCCAGGGACACACUGACACGGUGACGUCCGCCGUGUUCACGGUGGGCGACAACGUGGUGUCUGGGAGCGACGACCGGACGGUCAAAGUGUGGGACCUGAAGAACAUGAGGUCGCCCAUGGCAACCAUCCGCACCGACUCCGCUGUCAACAGGAUCAGCGUGUCGGUGAACCAGAAAAUCAUCGCUCUUCCUCACGACAAUCGGCAGGUCCGGCUGUUCGACAUGUCCGGGGUGCGACUGGCUCGACUCCCACGAAGCAACAGACAGGGUCACCGUCGGAUGGUGUGCUGCUCCGCCUGGUGUGAAGACAACACCUCCUGCAACCUCUUCACCUGUGGCUUCGACCGGCAGGCCAUCGGCUGGAACAUCAACAUCCCCGCCCUGCUGCAGGAGAAAUGACCUCCUGCUGCCGUCACUUUACUGUGAAACCCCACCCAGAGUCUGUCUUUGGAGCAUCAAACACACACAUCCUGCGGGCUUAAAAGGUGGCUUUAAAAAAAAAAAAAAAAAAAAAAGUAUCCUUGUGUCCUUGUCUGUGAAAACUUGUUGCAUAAUGUAAUUGACGUAACUUCAGCUAUCGCUCAAUGACGGAUACAAUUUACAGACUUUUAACGGCUGUCUUGAGUUUACAGGACGUCAGUUUUCGACACGCUCUCUCUCUGACCUCACCCAGACUGAGGAAAGAAAAAGUACUUGUGCUCUCUGUCUUCUGUUACACUCUCGUACUCAUCUAACUCAUCAUCGCCAAUGUACAGAGAUCACGUGUGUGUGUGUGGGUUUUUUGUUGUGUUUUUGCGUGGAAGCGAGAGAAAAAAAAACUGUGUACCUAUGAUGAUAAAAAAAGCUCAGAGACGUAACAUAGGAGAGGCUUUGUUGUCUUUGUUAAAAACUUUUUUUUUUUUUUUUAUUUAAAGCAGAAGCUUAAGAGUUCUCCAAAUCUAAUCUGUGCUACUAACAGCAGAUUUAUGUUUGAACAAGAGUCUGAUGCUUUUAAAGGAAAACUCAAUAAUUUUAUAUGAUCAAUUUGGUGUUUUCAGCAGUUAAGCUGUGAUAACUUGGCCAUUUAGCUUCUUAAAUGUACUGAUUGUUAUGAUUGCUAAACGUUACAAAAUAAAAGCACAAGGGAAAAAAAAAAACACUCCCCUCUUGUAAUGGACGCUAAAAUUCACAGUUAAUCAUCUAUAAUACACUUUUAAACCGGAUAUCAUAUUAUUGCAGCUCGGUUCCGUUGAACUCAGAUGUUCAGGAGCCUCCGUGUGAUAAGUAAUGCACCUUUUUUGAAAAUACUUACAGCUUUUUAUUGCAGUUUUAG